AUGAAUAAUCCACAAUACACGAAUAAUCCAAUAAUCAAUGGCGCUCCAUCUACAACAUCCUCAUCAGAUAUUAAUCCAGGUUCUGAUGGUGUUGAUUUCAUUGAAGUGAAUCCUUCUGUAACUAUACCAUUUGCACCAGGAACAACACCAAUUAUAGU